AUGCAUGGCGGCGCGGCCGGCAGCGACCCCCGCUCGGGUCCCGCCAAGCGCUUCCCGGUGGCGGCUGUGGAUGAUAUCCUGAAGGACGUGCUGGGGAGCUGCCUGAGGGAGCAGCCCUACGAGCCGGCCCGCUGCAGGGACAUGGCGAAGGACAUCGCUGAGGUUAUUAAAGCUCGGGUAAAAGACCUUAUGAUACCGAGAUACAAGAUUGUUGUGGUGACACAUAUUGGGCAGCUGAAUGAGCAGAGCAUGCAAAUCGGAAGCAGGUGCCUGUGGGAUCCUGUGAGCGAUACGUUUUCGUCGUAUGUGUUCAAGAACACUUCACUGUUUGCUCUUGCAAAUGUCUAUGCUGUCUAUUUUGAAUAAGGAGGUAGUUGAGUUUAAGAGCAGGAGAAAUGAGUGUUCAGCCUAACUCUUCCAGUUUCUGUUGUUGAAAAACGGUUGUGAAGGACCAAGGCGACUUUCACCUGUCUUGAAAUGUGGUUACCGUAAGCUUUUUGGCAGUGAACGUAACAAUUGUAUUUCCCAGAGCUUUCUCUGGGAAGUGAUUCUCUGAGACAUGCUCUUUUGCACCUGAUUCUAGCUGCUUUCAGAACCAGGUAUCUCUGUAAUACUUUUUUCUCCCUGAAUUUGCCCUCACUAUGUGAUCCCCAAGUAGAAACCGCAUUUUUGGAAAGUAAACCAAAAGCAUUUUAAAAAUAUCACCAUUAAAUGGCGUUUGCAGGCAGUUAAGCGCGUGCCAGGCCCCGUGGCCCCGGCUCCGUGCACACACUGUAUUGCAGAUGCUGUGUCUUGUCGAGCCGCAGUAG